AUGGGUUGUGUUUCUAUUUCUCUUUCUUCAGCCACCAAUAUCGCCAGGAGCGGGGAAGCCUCGCAGAGUUCCACCUAUGGGGGCGCUGCAUCUAAGAAUGGUUUAGCUGACAAGGCCAUUGAUGGCGUGAAUGACCAAAACUGGUAUCAUGGCUUCUGUUCCCACACCAAUGCGGACAGGUCGCCCUGGUGGAAGGUGGACCUGAAACAAAAACACAAAGUGAAUGUGGUCGUGGUCUCUAGCCGCUCAGACUGCUGUUUGGAAAGGACAAGGAAUCUUGAGGUCCGAAUUGGAAAUUCUCCGGACAAUAACAACCCAGUGUGA